AUGGAGAGCUCAGCAAGGACGUUCAAUUCGCCCUUGGAGGCCAAGCAGCCCUUCCCUCCCUUAUUGACCGAAGACCUUAUAUCCCCGGAAGAACCGCAAGAGAGUUAUGAAGACGAGAGUAUCACCUCCCCCGGAUAUGAGGAGAUUGAGGUGGAAGACGAUGCAGAUUUCCAGUCGCACUACUCGCUAGAGCAUCAAUCAUUCUCUGAUACAGACUCCGAUGAUUCUUCUAAUAUUGAGCGGAAUCAUCCGUUUCGCCAAUCCUCCAGCUCUCUCCAUGGCCCCAAUGCAUUUGCGCCUCCGUUCUAUAAUCGUCCACCCACCCCUCUACCGCCCUCUCCCUCCCUCACUUCUCUUCUUCGGCCUCCCUUCUCGACUACUACAUCACGCCCAACUACCCCGGACAGUUCCGAUGUAGAGACUCCUAACGAUACCGAGGCGGCAGUCGCCAAGUCAGCUCGUCGCGCAACCACUGUUCCGCGCGCCAGUCCCAAGGUUCCUACCUAUGAAUACUAUGGCUUUGUGUUAUACCUAGCUUCAUCAUUGGCUUUUUUGUUUUAUCUCCUAUGGUCUUAUCUCCCAUCACCAUUCCUUCACCAGCUAGGCAUCUACUAUUAUCCCAACCGUUGGUGGUCGCUGGCGAUCCCCGCAUGGUUGGUGAUGCUACUUAUCUACAUUUAUGCUGCGCUCGCCACCUAUAAUACAGGCUACCUUACUUUGCCCAUGCACAGCAUCGAGAACAUUGUUGAUGAGGUUGCGAAUGUAUCGGUGAUUGAUGGGAAGGCGCGGAGACGUCCCGGUGGUGCUACCAAGAUGAAGCCCGGUGCCACAUCCUAUCAGAUCAUGGGGCCUCAAAAUCGCAAGGUCAAUUGGCGAGAAAUUUGGAGUGAGGGAACCGACGCCGUCAUGGACGUGCCGCCCUCGACCCCACCUUCGCAGUCCAAGGGCUCGGGGGCAGGACAGCUUUCCCGCGCUCCUAUCACUCCAGAACAACAACGAAGAAUGGAAAUUAAUCGCAUGAAAGCCAAAGCUCUUCGGGAGAAACGUGAAGCCGAACUAUCCCAAGCCGCUCCAAAUACCUCCCAGCCUGCAACAGGCGCCAAGCGCUCGUUCACCUCGAUGGCGGCAUCCAAUCAGCCUGCUAAUAUGCGUGAUGCAUCUUCUUCAAAUCGCCCACUGGACUCGAUCAAGCCAGCCCGAAACUUCACAAGCUACGUCGACUACGAUUUUAGCAAGAUGACUGACACGAAGGGUGGAUUUUUAACACAAGAGGAUGACCCGUUCAACAAACAACUGCACGUGCCGGAUGGUAAAGAAAUGCAAAUGCCAGCACAUAUGACGCAGAAGGAAUGGGAACGCCAUCAGAUACUCCAAUCACUAAAGCGAAACCGGGAGGGGCCUUUUGAACCGGGUCUAAGUGUCCUAGAUGAUAAAAGCAAGCAGAAGACAUGUCGUGAAUGUGGCAGUCUCGAAAUUGAUUGGAAAUGGGAAGAAGAACUAAAGUGUUGCAUCUGUCAUGCUUGCAAGGAGAAGCACCCAGAGAAAUACAGUUUGUUGACCAAGACGGAAGCCAAAGAGGACUAUCUCUUGACCGAUCGUGAGUACCUAAUUGUCAGCUAUGAAAAGAGAGAGGUGCUAAUCAGCCUGCGGACAGCCGAACUCCGAGACGAAGAACUCCUUCCACGGCUCGAGCGUCCGAAUCCACACAAGUCUACAUGGAACAGCAUGAUGUUGUAUCUACGGUACCAGGUCGAAGAAUACGCAUUUUCGGACAAGAAAUGGGGCUCAACGGAGGCGCUGGAUGCUGAGUUCGAGCGGCGAGAAAAUGACAAGAAACGGCGACGGGAGGCCAAAUUCAAAACGAAGCUGCAGGAGCUAAAGAAACGCACACGUGUAGAGGCCUACCGACGCAAUCGUCAAGGUGCUUCGGGCGGAGAUUUUGGCGACGAUCUCGGUUCUGGGCGGAAGCAUGUUCAUCAAUGGGGCCGAUCCAUUGAUAAUCCAGAAACUGGAAUUGGUGUUAAGACGUGUAUAGAAUGUGGGAUGGAGGUGGAGGAACUUGAGUUCUAG